UCUGACUAAACGUUACAGGAAGUACGGUGGUGGUGUUGCGAUCAAAGCUAACUGGUGCAAACACAGCGACUGAUGUAAAUCCAGAUCCAUAGCAGACCGCCGAGAUGAUUCCAUCAGCAACUUGACCGGCAGGGAAUAUGUUGGCUGACAGCUUCUCCGUGUUUCCGUGUUCAGUGAUUAGAAAACGACCCCGCGGAGGAAGCACUAACGUUAGCUAGAACAACAGCAAGCUGAGUAGUAUGCUGGACGUGGGAAAGUGGCCAGUUUUUGCGCUCCUUCCUCCUGAGGAACUCCGGCUUAUUCGGCAGGCUUGUGUCUUUGGCAGCGCUGCAAACGAAGCCUUCUAUGUCACAGUUAAUGAUGAGGUCUUUGCUUUGGGCACCAACUGCAGCGGCUGUUUAGGGCUCGGAGACCUUCAAAGCACUAUUGAGCCGCGCCGGAUUGAUGUCUUGUGUGGAAAGAAGAUUGUGUCCCUAAGCUAUGGAACAGGACCACAUGUGGCUAUCGCUACUGCAGAUGGAGAGGUGUUUGCUUGGGGCCACAAUGGCUACAGCCAGCUAGGCAAUGGGACCACCAACCACGGACUGACCCCUGCCCUGGUGUCCACCAACCUCCUCAGCAAGAGAGUGACAGAGGUGGCCUGUGGCUCCCACCACACUAUUGCUCUCACGACUGACGGAGAGGUGUAUGCAUGGGGUUACAACAACUCAGGCCAAGUAGGUUCAGGGUCUACUGCCAACCAGCCGACACCGCGCCGCGUUAGCAGCUGCCUGCAGAACAAAGUGGUGGUUAACGUAGCCUGUGGUCAGCUCUGCUCUAUGGCUGUACUAGACAAUGGAGAGAUCUAUGGUUGGGGCUACAAUUGCAAUGGACAGCUAGGUUUGGGCAACAAUGGAAAUCAGCAGACCCCAUGCAGGAUUGCUGCUCUCCAAGGUGUCAACAUCGUCCAGGUUGCCUGUGGAUAUGCACAUACAUUGGCGCUUACAGAUGAGGGGAUGGUUUACGCCUGGGGAGCCAACUCAUAUGGGCAGUUGGGAACAGGCAAUAAGAGUAACCAAGCUCUCCCCACUCUGAUAAACACAGACAAGGAGAGGAUGGUGGAGGUAGCUGCAUGUCACACCAGCCACACGUCAGCUGCCAAGACCCAGAGUGGGCAGGUUGUGAUGUGGGGUCAGUGUCGAGGUCAGGCUGUGGCCAGCCCCCACCUCACCCAUUUCGGAAGCACAGACGAUGUGUUUGCCUGCUUCGCCACACCAGCAGUCACGUGGCACCUCCUCUCUGUAGAUGGCGAUGACUACCUGACUGUUGCCCAGUCUUUGAAGAAGGAGUUUGACAGCCCAGAGAUUUCUGACCUAAAGUUCUUGGUUGAUGGGAAGUGUAUCCAUGUUCACAAAGCCCUGCUGAAAAUCAGAUGUGAGCAUUUUCGUGCACUGCUUAAUGAAACAGAGGAGGAGACCAUAGAAAUCCACCAGUUCUCAUACCUGGUGUACCGAGCCUUCCUGGAGUACCUCUACACAGACACCAUUAACCUGCCACCAGAGGAUGCUAUUGGGUUGCUGGACUUGGCCACGUUCUACCGAGAGACGCGGCUGAAGAGGCUGUGCCAGGAAACGAUCAAGAGGGGCAUUUCUGAGGAGAACGCCAUCACUCUGCUCUCUGCCGCUGUCAAGUAUGAGGCUCGGCCCUCUUCAUUUUUAGGACCUGGAGGAGUUCUGCUUCAAGUUUUGCAUCAACCACCUAACAGCCGUCACGCAGACCCAGGCAUUUGCAGACAUGGACCACGACCUGCUCAAGAACUUCAUUAGUAAAGCCAGCCGCUACGGGGCCUUCAAAAACUGAAUAGAGCGGGCCCCCCGUAGCGACGGACUCAACACGUUGAGGUUUCAGCCCACCGAGGUCCUGAGAGUCGACCCGAGACCACAGCACUCGGCAGGUUGAUCAGCACUUCAAAGCCUCGUCGCUGGGGCUGUUAACCACCGCAGAGGCAAAGGGUUUCAGGUUUCAGCCUCUAACUGACGGCUUCUGUGUUACUGCCCUGAACCCAGCCCAAACACACACACACACACACACACACACACAAGUUGCUUUUGGGGCGUACAUAUCGGGUUAUCCCACUCGUUCUGUCAAAAGCAGACUGGCUGAAUAAGAAAGAUGCGUUGCUGACAAUAGGCUUGGCUAAUUAAGGCGUCUGAUUUGUUUGAUCAAGCUGGUCGACAGGUAGAUGCCUCGCAGUGACAGGAUGCCUGGACAUGCUGAAUGCUAAACGUAAUUCUUUGCAAUAAGUAAUUAUUUUUUUUCUUAUCACAAUGCCCUUUAGCAGUUAGUAAAAGAAAUAAUCAAUAAGUAUAUCGUACUGUAGCCAUGAAUUGACCCUUGAUUCUCAAACGUUCCUGAUUGAGAAGUAAUAUUUAAUAAGGGGAGAAACACAAGCUGCUCUUCUUCUUUGUUUUAUACUGUAGUGUUUCACCCUUUGCUAUCCAAACUCACGGUUACUUUUUCAUGUUUGUAUUGACUAACAUUUGCACUAUUUUGCUGCCGUGACCUAACGCGACACACACACACACACACACACACACACACACACACAGAACGUCGAAGGUGUUGUUUUUGUCAGUUACUUUUGGCCAUCGUCACCUGACUGAAAUGAAAAGAUGCAAUCAGUUAGAUUUAUGAGAAAUAUGGACAUCCUCCUGCAUGUUUACUUGUGUUCAGAUUCACCGUCUCUGUGCAGCAGGAAACGCUGUCUGACUUACACAAGCAUACCGAUUCCUGUGUAGCUUGUCGGUGAUCUUACACCAUAGCUUUAGCCUAUUUUACAGUCGUGUUUCAUUGCAAUUUGGUAUGUUUACAAAAGUUUGGUUGUUGGAUUUUUUUUUUUUUUUAUAUUGGCAGCAUCUUUUUACAAGUAUUUCUUUCUAUUUCUCACCUGGUAGCACCUUUUGUGGUAAUGAAAUAGUGCUGGCUUGUGUAAUUGCCAACUGACUGUUGAAUAUAGCCUCAUAUAGUCUCUUUAAAUGUAGUUACCAGAUAUUUUCACAUUACAUUUCUACAUCCGUCUAAAUAAAAUGUAACAAAAUGCUUUUACUUUAACAAGCCAAUUAUUGUGUUGUUGUUUUUUUAAACAUUUUGAUAAUUACUAAACGGAAAUGCCUGUGUUCUCAUUUUGUAUGGAAAAUGCUGUAAUCUGCUGACAGCGGCAUCUAAUGGUAACAUUUGAUAAUCUAAAAUGUAUUAAAAUGAGUAACUACAGAA